AAAAAGAGAGGAUUGUGAAGGCAUGCAGGUGGCUAGGUCAGUAAAGAGAACCAUUAGUUUUAUGUAUGUACAGAAGAUUCUGUAACCCAAUGGUCCCUGAAAUAAAUAUACCUACUCUCUCUCCCUCCUUCCCUCCCAAGGUUCCUAAUAAUAAUAAAUAUAAUAAGUAAUGAGAGAGCAAUAGAAUAAGGCAAUAACCCCUCACACACACUAUUAUAACUCUGAUAUUAAAGUAUCUAUCUAUCUAUCUAUCUCUGCUGCUAUUUGAAUCUGUGUUCCACUACUUACUGCAGAGUGACAAAAAAAAAAACUGAUCUGAUGAUGAAUGGUGGAAGCAGCAGGAGCAGCAGGUUCCCAUUCACACCAUCACAGUGGCAAGAGCUUGAACACCAAGCACUCAUCUACAAAUACAUGGCUUCUGGCAUCUCCAUCCCCCCUGAUCUCCUCUUCUCCAUCAAAAGAGGCUACCACCUUGACCACUCUAGGCUCUUCCCUCACCACCACCCUCCACAACACCUUGGAUGGAACUAUCUGCAGAUGGGUCUGGGAAGAAAGAUAGACCCUGAACCAGGAAGAUGCAGAAGAACCGAUGGAAAAAAAUGGAGAUGCUCAAAGGAAGCAUAUCCAGAUUCAAAGUACUGUGAGAGGCACAUGCACAGAGGCAAGAACCGUUCAAGAAAGCCUGUGGAACAACAACAACCUUUGAAACAAUCACCAGCAGCAGCACCAACCAACACGGAUGAUGCUGCUGCUUCUUCUCAUCAUGCUCCAUCUUCUUCAACCACAACAACAAUCUUAUCAAUCACCAACAACAACAAUAACUCUCUCUCUCCUCUCUCAUCUGCAUCACUGUCCUCUCAUCAUGACCUUUAUCAUCAACACCAACACCAACACUCCUUCCUCUACCACCACCAACCCUCUUCAAGGUCCUCCAACUCCAUUGGCUUCUCUUUUCAGGACAACAACAACGCUGCUCCUUUGUUUCUUGACACCCAGACCAACACCGACUGCAGAGAGAGGUAUAUUUAUGGGCUGAAAGAGGAGGUGGAUGAGCAUGCUUUCUUCACUGAACCUUCGGGAACAAUGAGAAGCUUCUCUGCUUCGUCCAUGGAUGAUUCAUGGCAGCUGACACCACUCACCAUAAGCUCCUCAACUUCUUCGAAGCAGAGGAGCUGCUCUGGCUUGUCCAAUGAAAACAACAACGAGUACUCUUACUUGCAGCUUCACCACCAUAACAACAACAACAACUCAAAGCAAAGAGAAGCAGAACAAGAUCAUGGUUGCUACAUGGCUCUUGGGAAAGAAGAAGAGCCACAUCAUCAGAAGACCACCGUUCAUCGUUUCUUCGAUGAAUGGCCUCACAAGAGUAGAGGAGGCUCAUCCUGGCUUGAUUUGGAUGAUAAAUCUUCCACUACUCAGCUUUCCAUUUCCAUCCCCACAUCCUCUCAUGACUUCACAACCUUCACUUCAAGGAACACUAGAGAUGGUUAAGCUUAGCUUUCAAAAGUGGGACCUACCCCUUGGCAUGUGGGUGAGAGUAAGACUGAAUCAAAGGGACAACAAUGUACUUUGGCAAAGGAUGAGUGGGGUUUGCACAUGGACAUGGACAUGGUUGUGAAAAGAGUAUCUAUUCCUAUUCCAAUUUCAAGUGCUCCCCCGUUUUUCCACCUGUGUUUUGUAAAUGAAGUUCAAGUGGAUUUGUGUCUCCAUGACAGGGAUCCAAUGUCUUAAUGUCUUUACUGCUUUCUUAUUUCUUAUGUGUUUUUCUAAUUCUAUGCUAUUAUUAUUAUUAGUGUCUCUUCCUUUCUUUCUACCAAACAUAUUUUCUCAUGUUUAUGGUAAUUACACUUUUCUUUGUGUUC